AUGACCGAAGAAAUAACUUAUGAUGUCGCCAACGAAAUGGCCAAAAGCGAUGCCGCAUCAAUUAUUACAUCGACUUCUUCUGAAUAUGAUCCAGUAAAAGAAAUAGCACUUCAACUUGGUGUUGAAUACAUCGAGUAUCCAGACUUUGAAGAUGCUGCCACCAUCAAAACAGGAAAAAAUCUUCUUAUAAAACGAGCAAUAUGGAAAGAACAGUCUCAGAGAGUUGCCUUGAAAUAUAUUUUUGGCGCAGAUACGGAAGAACAACACAAGAAAUUAGAGGAUGAGAUAAUGCGAGCGUUGCAAAACUUGGAUGACGACAAUUUACUGCAAUUAUAUGGAGUAAGUCAAGACUUAGAGUCAACAAAUUGUAUUCUCGUAUUACAAUACGCAGACUCGGGUAAUUUGCGUGAAUUUUUGGAUCAUAAAGAAUUAUCAUGGAAUGAUAAAUUGCGUAUUUCAAGAGACAUAGCAUACGGAUUACGCCAGUUGCAUAAAGCUGGGGUGGUGCAUGGAGAUUUACAUACACAAAACGUAUUUAUCGAUAAUAAUAGAGCCUUAAUAAGAGCUCCAAGAAUGAUUUCACCUGAUGAUACAUCAUCAACUUACUACAAUAAAGCACCGGAAACAAUUCCUUACGUGGACCCUAAAAUUGUUAACGAUGAAAUGCUACAAAUAUCACGUAAACAAACAACACAUAUUGUUCCCGAAGAAUAUAUUAAAUUGUUUCAAGAUUGCUGGAAUGAUGAUCCCGAAAUGCGACCGACAAUUGAGCAAAUUUGUAAGCAAUUGAAAGAUUUUCUACGUAAUGAUCAACUGCUCAAAGAACCCCAAAUGGACGAUUCAGGAGAAGAAGAUUUCACAUUUGAAGAACCAAUAACACUUCAAUCGGAAGAUAUAAAAGAAAACGGGCAUACAGACACUCAACCAUCACAUCCCCCCGUAUCCAAUGAUCUAGAUCUUCCGCGAAGGUCUACACAAUCAGCUGUCAACCAAAGACAAAAGCGAUAUUCAAAAGUGUUUCAAACUUUCAAAUACAACUUCCAACAAACAAAAACAAAGGUCUUUGAUGUUUUCUCGAAGAUGUCAUGUUUGAGAUCAAAACCAGCUGACGACAUAUAG